AUGACUACUCUCCUCACGGAGAUGCGCAAGGAACAAAAAGCAUUUUAUUCCAUCCAAGCCGUUCAAGUGCCACCCCAACAUGACUACUCUCCGGACUCUUAUGGGUAUAAUCCAAAUUCUAAUGCAUACCAAUCUAAUGUGUGUGAUGACCCUUAUUGUGAUUGUCAACCACAAUCAUCAUAUGCAUAUGAACCCCCUUCUCAAUAUAGCCCUCCACCAUACUCACAAGCCUCAUACCACAAUUCACCUUCAUAUGAUCCUAACCCAUACCCACUAUACCAACCACCAUAUGAACCAUAUCUAGAGCCACCACCAUUCCAGCACCAAUACUCCCAUGAACUACAAAGUCCACAUACACCACCUCAAGAAUUUCACCAAUAUGAACCACCUUUCAAUUACAAUACCCUUCCCUCAAAUAAUGAACCCUAUCUUCCACCAUCACCUUCCAAUAAAGCCCUCAUGCUAGAACUGAGAGAUCUUGAAUCUUGUAUCUUAAGGCAACACGAGGAGGAUGAAAAGAAGUUUAAGGCGCUAAGAGCCAAGACGGCUAUCAUGGUAGAAGCCAUUAGCAACAUAGUCUCAUCCUGCCUAAGCUUGCGCAAUCAAGGCACUCCCAUUGUUGAAUGUGGAGAGGUAAUCAAAGAGCUUAGUAAGGGAGUGGAAUUGGAGCUUCAAGGUGGAGAAGAAGAGUUAAAGCAAGAAGUACAACAAGAGGAGAAGGUAGAGAUGAUUGAACCAAAGGAAGUAGUGGUUGGAACCUUAGGAUAUGUUGAGUACAUAAAGAAAUCACAAAUUGUAGAGCCUUUUUCCAUGGAGUUUGAAGUUGAUGUUGAGGGGGAGAGUGCACAACCUCCAAGGCACAAUGUGAUUGAAGAAUGGAAGAAGUGUCCCAAGAAAUAG